GAAAGCGGAGUGAGCCAAGCUGUUUGUAAUGAUGUGAUCCGUGCAAGAUCACCAAUUUAUACCUUUGUGUCCCGUUAUCAUUAAAAGAAGAACCCUAGAAGACGAAAGAAAUAUUUGCCUGAAAUAGUGGAGAACCAUAACCUCAAGAAUUUAGUGUUGAAUCAAGCAUUACCCUUAAGAGUUGAUGUUCUUCCUUCUUACCAACAAAUUUCUACUUGACAGAAACACAGGAUCUGCAGUCAUCAUUAAAAAUGUCUGCAGUUCCUCCUCGUCCUGAUCCACCAGUUGUUGGUAAGGUGACGCACAACAGUAUUGAGCUGUACUGGAGAGCUCCUGAAGCUGUAGAACAAGGAAAGGGAGACGGCCGGUUGCGUUAUUGUAUUCAAGAAGAAGAGCUGGGCCCAAAGUCCAAAGGAUUUGGCAAUGUCUAUUCAGGCUACAGUACAAUGAAUGUUUUUGAAGGCCUGGAGGCUCGCACACAGUACCGAUACAGACUGAAGUGUAUGAAUGAUAUUGGUUCAAGUGCCUGGAGUGCUGUUGUCACUGUUUCCACCACAAAGAAGCCCCACACCAGUGAAGAUCUGCAGAGGGCUGUCGCUAAGGGAGAUGUAGAAACUGUCAGAAAUAUUCUGCCCGGACUUAGCUGGCAAGCAGUUGAUUCCCCUGACAAGUUUGGUUUAUCACCACUCAUGAUUACAGCCCAAAGAGGUUAUGUGGACGUGGCACGAGUUUUGUUGGAAACUGGCGCAGAUGUGAACUUUCAAAGCAGUAGUGGAAAAACAGCCUUGAUGAUGGCCUGCUUCUCAGGAAAUGUGGAGGUUGCGCAGCUGUUAAUACAGCAUAAAGCUGACUGGGAUUUAGUGGAUAAAACAGGUUCAACAGCUCUUCACUGGGCGGUAGACGGAGCUAAUCUGGAUAUGAUCCGCUGGAUGCUUCAAGAUGGCUGCCGAGUGGACGUCAAAGAUGAAACGUCAGGUGAUAGUAUAAUGGUUGUAAAGCGCGCAGGAAGUGGCUUGAGGGGGAAAAAUGUAGGAGGAAGAAUGAAGCACAGUCGAGUGUUGUGACGUCUCGAAUGCUCCAGCCACUCCCUAAGGAAGCGUCAGGCAGAUCUUCAAGAAGAUUUGAUACGCAGCUAACGUUUAGCAAAGCAAUUCUAAAUUACUGCCUCGGUAUACUCCUCUGAUAAAUUAUAAGA